AUGCUUCCCAAUCCUUCUGAAAAGUACAAGAAGUUUGUGCCUUUGAAGCUCCCCAAUAGACAAUGGCCAGACCGAACGUUCGAGAAACCUCCACGCUGGCUGUCCACCGACCUUAGAGAUGGAAAUCAGUCUCUUCCUGAUCCGAUGUCUGUUGAGGAGAAAAAGAUCUAUUUCCAGAAACUGCUUGACAUCGGAUUCAAAGAGAUCGAGGUCGCAUUCCCGUCAGCCUCGCAGAUCGAUUUUGAUUUCACCAGAUAUUGUGUUGAAAAUGCCCCACAGGACGUGUCUAUCCAGGUUCUUUCUCCGUGCCGUCCAGAGCUGAUCAAACGCACUGUCGAGUCGCUUUCUGGAGCCAAAAAAGCCAUUGUCCAUCUGUACCUGGCCACAUCUGACUGCUUCCGUGACGUUGUGUUUGGAUUGUCGAAAGAAGAGACACUGAAGCUUGCUACGGAAUGCACUAAGUUGGUGAGAAGUCUCACCAAGGACGAUCCGAAGCAAAAAGGAACCGUGUGGUCGUACGAAUUCUCGCCAGAAACGUUUAGUGACAGCGAUCCGGACUAUGUUUUGGAGGUCUGCGAGAGUGUCAAGGCAGCUUGGGGCCCAAGUAAGGAAAAUCCCAUCAUUUUCAACCUCCCUGCCACCGUCGAGAUGUCGACGCCAAACGUUUAUGCUGACCAGAUUGAGUACUUUUGCACGCACAUAUCCAACAGAGACGCCGUGUGUGUGUCUCUCCACCCACAUAAUGACCGUGGGUGUGCCGUCGGUGCGGCAGAGCUUGCGCAGCUUGCUGGUGCCGACAGAGUCGAGGGGUGUCUUUUUGGAAACGGAGAGCGGACUGGCAAUGUCGACUUGGUCACUCUGGCCCUGAAUCUGUACACACAGGGCAUUCAUCCGAACCUGGACUUUUCAGACAUGAAAUCUGUGAUUGACGUGGUGGAAAAAUGCAACAAGAUUCCUGUGCAUGCCCGUGCCCCUUACGGCGGACAGUUGGUGGUGUGUGCCUUUUCUGGCUCUCACCAGGAUGCUAUCAAGAAAGGUUUCGAGAGAAGAAAGGACAACAAGGGCAUCUGGCAGAUUCCGUAUCUUCCGCUGGAUCCACAAGAUAUCGGCAGAACCUACGAGGCCAUAAUCCGUGUCAAUUCGCAAUCUGGAAAGGGCGGCGCCUCGUGGAUCAUUUUGCGCAACAUGGAGCUCGAUCUUCCUCGUGGACUGCAAAUAAGUUUCUCGAAAGUGGUCCAGGAUGCCACCGAGAAGAAGGGAAGAGAGCUCAAGGCAAACGAGAUCAUGGAUCUGUUUAAGAACGAGUAUCUGCUCUACAACUACGAGGACGGUGAGAAUCUCAGGCCAGCGGGCAACUUAUUCAAAUUGGACAACUAUUAUCUCGGUAAUAAGGACAAUAAAACCAGACAGUUGGUGGUCGACAUGUCGAAUUACGACGGAACUAUCUCGUACAAAGUCCUGGGAGAGGGUAACGGACCUAUCUCUGCGUUUGUGAACGGUUUGAACACACAAUUCAAGUCGAAGUUCCAAGUGAUUAACUAUCACGAGCAUUCUCUGGGUUCUGACUCCAACUCCAAGGCAGCAGCCUACAUCAACUGUAAGGUUGACGACAGGCAUCUCAUUUGGGGUGUUGGUAUCAACGAGGAUGUCAGUACUGCCAGCUUCAACUCUCUUUUGAGUGUCAUCAACCAGGCCAUCCGCAAAGGUGUGAUCAAGGAGAUGAACACGUAUGAUGAUUUGGAUAGGGACGAGCUUUUGCAACGUCUUGUGUCACUCGAAAAAGAAUUCAAUGCGUAUAUAGGCGAGUCAAAGGAGCUAGAGGAGUUUCUGGAAGGCGAAGUUGAGCGGUUGACCAAGCAGGCCCAGACAUUGGAGGAGGCCAACAAGAGGCUACAAGACCAGCUGGACGCAGCCAGCGCCCAGAAUAUCGAGCUCACGCGGCAGAUAGGGGUUUCGGACGAUGAGAAGAGAGCACACGUCAGCCAACUCAACGAGAAAGUGCGAGCUCUGGAGAAAAGGCUCAUAGACACAGAGGUGCUCAACGACGGCCUGGAGUCGAGGUUGCGCAUACUGGAGUCUUCCAGAGACGACGAAGACGCACGGCUAGGGGAACUGAUCGAGCGUUUAGCGCUCUUGGAUAGCGACAAUCUUGGCAAGGACCAGCUGAUAGGCCAGCUACAACUUCAGAUACAGGCACUUCAGAGAGAGAAUAAAAACCUUGCGCAGCAGUGUGACAAGUACGAGAAGUUCAGCAAACUAAUGACAAUUAAUAGAACGGAAUUGAAGGUAGCAAAGUUCCAGACUCCUCCAAUUAACGAAUGAAUUCGCAUGGCACGGCCACGAUGGGUAGAUAGAAUAAAUACG